CGGCGGCGGCCGGGGAUGCGCUCGGAGGAGGCGACAGGGACGGGGAAGGCGACGCCCGCCAUGAGCUCGUCGGCGCUGCUGGCCGAGGGCCCCCUCGACCCGCCGGUGCUGCUGGCGGACAUCAAGACGGAGCCCCCCGAGGAGCUGCUGGCCAGCGACUGCAGCCAGCCCCAGGCUGAGCCCGUGGAUCUCUCGCUCAACAAGUCCAAGGCGGCUCCCGCCUCGGCGGCGGCAGCGCCGCCACCACCUGCUCCCCCCUCCUCGGUGCAGUCCUCGCCCGUGUUGGUGGCCCCGCCGCUGCCCGCGCCCACCACCGUGUCCAUGCCGCCCUCGGGGCUCAGCUCCACGUCGGCCAUCCCGGCCGUGCUGUCACCCGGCUCCAUCCUGGCGUCCACGCAGGGCAGCGGCGGGCAGCAGAUCCUGCACGUCAUCCACACCAUCCCUUCCGUCAACCUGCCCAGCAAGAUGGGCAACCUGCAGACCAUCCCCGUGGUGGUGCAGUCGCUGCCUGUUGUCUACACCACCGUGCCCACCGACGGCGUCACCGCCAUCACCGUGCCCCUCAUCGGGGGUGACGGCAAGAACGCGGGGUCUGCUUUCCUAUCCCGGACCCCACCUGUGAAAAUGGACCCGGGCUCUGUGUUCCCCAUGGACAUGAACAGCGACAGCGAGGACAGCGCCUCAGAGAGCGGCCCAGCCCCGUUCCAGGACCUCCAGAGAGAGCCGGCGGUGAGGGGGCCUAGGGCUGACUCCCCCGACCUGAAGAAGCGGCGCAUCCACCAGUGCGACUUCGAGGGCUGCAACAAGGUCUACACCAAGAGCUCCCACCUCAAAGCCCACCGGAGGAUACACACAGGUGAGAAGCCCUACAAGUGCACAUGGGAAGGCUGCACCUGGAAGUUCGCCCGCUCAGACGAGCUGACGCGGCACUUCCGCAAGCACACGGGCAUCAAACCCUUCCGCUGCUCGGACUGUGACCGCAGCUUCUCCCGCUCCGACCACCUGGCCCUGCACCGCCGGCGGCACGUCAUGAUGUGAGCUGGGGGGGCCAGGGGGCCCCAAGCCCCUCCGUGUGCAGGGACUGUGGGAGCAGAGAGGCCGAGCUAACUGUGAGCAGCCUGUGCCCGCUGGGGGAGCCCCACCGGCACAGCGCGGGAAACUGUGGAUUCGGGACUGCUCCUCCUUCUCUCUUGUCCCCAACUCUUCUGUUUCCUGGGAUUCUUCCCACUCAGCACGGCUGGAGGCUCCUCCUUGGUUCCUCACCCGGGAUUCAUCCAGCAGCUGCCUCCUGACCUGUGUCUCUUCAGCCUCCUGCCCGUUCUACCUGGUGUGCUCGCUGUCCCCUGCCCCCUCCCAGUGCCCGCGGGCAAGAUCUGGGAGGCCAUGGCAAGGACAGGGGGGCAACGAGGAGGCCCCUGUGCAGGAGCUGUUGGCCUCUUCCCUCUCCAUCCCAGACACCGUCCCAGCGGAAGAAGGGACCCUGGAGUGUCACCUCUGUGUGUCCCUUGGUGUGUGCUGGGCUUUGUGGGAAGUGCCGGGGUCACAUCGAGGGCCAGGAGGAAAAGAGGAAGCAAGAACAGGGGGAAACAACCCCACAGUGACCCACAAACAAGGCCACCACCACCAUUACAAAAAGGGAAACUCUGUGGAACGUGAAACUUUGAUUUUGUGGAAUUUUAAGAGGGGGUGGGACAGGGUGGGGGGGGAUGAGAGCCACCAACUCUCGGGUUUUUCUGAAGCCUCUGGGCCACGUGAAGCGUUUCUAAGUUAAACCAGCGGCUGUGGCCACACACUUUGCUUUUUAAUAAUUGUUUUUGUACAGUGUUUUUUCUUCCACCUCCCCCACCAGCCAACCUCCCCCUGCUUGCUGGGAGGGUGGCAGGAUUUGGGGUUGAAGCUGUUGGGUGGUGGGAAGAGUGAUGGGGUCCAUGACACCCCAGUCCUCGGGCUGUCCCUGCAGGGGCUGGUUUGAGGGAUGAGCUUCCCAAAAAGUCUCUUGGAGCUGGUGCCUUUUCCCUGGCUGCUUGGGGAGGGGACAGCUGGUGUGGGGAGGGUCUGGGGGGCCAGUUCAGAGACAUGUGGCCCCUGAAGACAACUGAUGGCAAGUCAGGAAACUGCUUUUCCUGUCCACUUCCAGGGUGUUCCAUGGGCAGAGCUUUGUGGUUCCUGAUCCCCCUGGGGCUGGGCACGGCCAGAGGGUGCUCUGGGUGAGCACAGGUGAUUCAGGUGAAGUGCCAGGUCCUGCACUUGGGCACAACAGCCCCCCACGAGCCACAGGCCUGGGGCACAGGGGCUGGGAAGCUGCCAGAUGGGAAAGAAAGUUUCAAAUGUAUUAAUGGCAGUGUAGAAAUGAGGUCAUCGUGUUCCAGGAUGAGGGUGGUCACCUCACCAGCAGGGACAGGGACAAGGCAGAGGGGUUUAACCCUUUCUUUGUCUCUAUCUUCAAACAUGGAUGAUGGACCAAGGAGGCCUCAGUGCCCUGAGCUGCAGGACUGUGACUGCAAAAUGAUCAACUCCAAGGGGAGCCUGAAAUCCUGGGGAAUCUGCUGCUCCAGCUGGAUCCCUACAAAACUAUGGAGCCUGAUGAGAUUCAUCCCAGAAUCCUCAAGGAGCUGCUGAUGUCAUCACAAAACUUCUCCCCAUGAUUUUUGAGUGGUCUUGGGAAUCCAGGGAGUUCUCAGCUGACUGGAAUCUGGAGAAUGUUGUCCCCAUGUUCAAGAAGGGCAAGAAGGACCCUGGAAACUCCAGGCCUGUCAGUCUCACUUCAGUGCCUGGGAUAAUCAUGGAAAAGAUUAUUCUGGGAAGUACUGAAAAACACCUGGAGGACAACUGAUUGCAGCAAGGGGAAAGACCUUCUUAUCCAACCUGAUUUCCUUCUGGGACAGGGCAACGUCAGAUUCCCAGAUGGAAUCUUUUCGGACUUCAGCAAAGCUUUCCAUACUGUCUUCCAGGAUCCUGCUGGACAGACUCAGCCCACAGCUGGGUAACUGUUACCGGAUUGGUGAGCAACUGAGCACAAAGGCUGACAGCGACUGGGGUGGCAGCAGGUGACACUGGUCACCAGUGGGGUUCCACAGGGUUCUAUUCUCAGCCCUGUGCUUUCAACUUCGGUAACCUGACCUGACCUCACCCCAGAACUUGAAGGAUACUGAGUAACUUGGCCAACAACACUGAACUGGGAGGAGCUGUUGACUCCCUGGAGGGGAGAGAGACCUGGACAGAUCAGAUGAGCAACCACUGACUAUGUGGAGUUUGCCAAGGGCAAGGGCCAGAUUCUGCCCCUGGAGAUGUGACAAUCCCAGAUGUAUGGACAGAUAGGGGAAUGAGAGGCUGGAAGGCAGCUGUGGGAAGGCACCUGGGGAUGCUGGUGGGUGCCAGUUGGCCCUGAGUCAGCGGUGCCCUGGCAGCCAGGAGGGACAUCCCUGUCCUAGGGGCAUCAGGGAGCGGAUUGUCCCACUCUGCUCUGCCCUGGGGCCUCACCUCAACACUGGGGCAGUUUGGGCACCAUAAUGUGAAGGACAUAAAGCUGUUAGAGAGCAUCCAAAAGAGGCCAUGAGGAUGGGGAAGGGUCUGGAGGGGCCAUGUGAGGAGCAGCUGAGGGCACUUGGUUUGUUCAGCUGGAGGAGACUGAGGGGAGACCUCACUGGGGCCUUCAACACCCUCAUGAGGGGCAGGAAAGGGGCAACUCCGGUUUGUGACCAGUGAUGAGACCUGAGGAUUGGUUGGAGCUGUGCCAGGGCAGGGUCAGGUUGGAUGUCAGGACAGGGUUCUUCCCCCAGAGGGUGGUUGGCACUGAACAGGCUCCCCUGGGCAGUGGGCACAGCCCCAAGGCUGCCAGAGCUCCAGGAGGGUUUUGACAAUGCUCUGAGGGACUGGGGGGAUUGUUGGGAUGUCUCUACAGGGCCAAGAGUUGGACUGGAUGAUCCCUGUUGGUCCCUUCCAACUCAGGGUAUUCCAUGGUUCUUUGAAAGGACCAGCUGUGAUGUGGCAGAAGGAGCAGGGCAGUGCCCAUCCCUGUUCUGGCACUGCUGGGGCAUCUCCAGUGCUGGGGCAGUUCUGGGCCCCUCAUUCCAAGAGAGACACUGAGGGGAUGGAGCGUGUGCAGGGAUGGGAACGGAGCUGGGAAGGGGCUGGAGCAGCAGGAGAGGCUGAGGGAGCUGG